UACUUCUCUUGCUAUAGGGCUCUGCUUUAGCUACUAGCCCCAUCAAAAAAUGUCAAGUAUUUUCUUCACAUUUGUCCUUCUUCUUCUAACCCCACUAGUAAUUUCAAUCCAAGAUCCAGAAAUUGUCGUACAAGAUGUUCAUAGGAGCAUCAAUGCGUCAUUGACGAGGAGGAACUUGGGCUAUUUAUCAUGUGGAACAGGGAAUCCUAUUGAUGAUUGCUGGCGAUGUGACCCCAACUGGGAGAAAAAUCGCCAACGUUUAGCUGAUUGUGCCAUUGGCUUUGGAAAGAAUGCUAUUGGAGGAAGAAAUGGUCGAAUUUACGUGGUCACCGACUCAGGGGAUGAUGACCCCGUGAACCCCAAACCCGGAACCCUUAGACAUGCCGUUAUACAAGAUGAGCCUUUAUGGAUCAUUUUUAAAAGAGACAUGGUCAUUCAACUCAAACAAGAGCUUGUCAUGAACUCUUUCAAAACCAUAGACGGUCGGGGCGCUAGUGUUCACAUUUCAGGCGGUCCUUGCAUUACAAUCCAUCAAAUCUCGAACAUUAUUAUACACGGGAUUAAUAUACACGACUGUAAGCAGAGUGGUAACGGCAACAUCAGGGACUCACCCGAGCACUCCGGAUAUUGGGAUAUUUCCGAUGGAGACGGCAUUUCAAUUUUCGGAGGGAAGAACAUUUGGGUGGACCAUUGUUCAUUGUCGAAUUGCCACGAUGGUCUAAUUGAUGCUAUUCACGGAUCUACAGCAAUCACGAUUUCUAACAACUAUUUUACUCAUCAUGAUAAGGUUAUGUUAUUGGGACAUAGUGAUUCGUAUACGCAGGACAAAGGCAUGCAAGUCACAGUUGCUUUUAAUCAUUUUGGUGAAGGGUUGGUGCAAAGAAUGCCAAGGUGUAGACAUGGUUACUUCCAUGUGGUGAAUAAUGACUAUACCCACUGGGAAAUGUAUGCCAUUGGUGGUAGUGCUGCCCCUACCAUUAACAGCCAAGGCAAUAGGUUUCUUGCUCCCAAUGAAAAAUUCCUGAAAGAGGUGACAAAGCAUGAGGAUGCACCAGAAAGUCAGUGGAGAAGCUGGAACUGGAGGUCAGAAGGUGAUUUGAUGUUAAAUGGAGCCUAUUUCAGGCAAACUGGGGCAGGUGCAUCAUCAAAUACUUAUGCCAGGGCUUCAAGCUUAAGCGCUAGGCCUUCCACAUUGGUCGGACCAAUGACCACAAAUGCCGGUCCUCUCAGCUGCAAAAAAAGCUCCCGUUGCUAGUAAAAGGCCAGCCCGGUGCAUAAAGCAUCCGCGUUAGCAGGGUGCGGGAAAGGACUGCAGCGAGCUGCUACUACAUUUAGUUUACAAGGGAGAAUCACAAUUACUAGAUGAUGGAUAGUGAAAGUGGUGUUAUAAUUAAGCUGAAAAUGGUACAGAGUCAAAACUAUAUGGAGUACCUUUUCGCACAACUUAUGUUUCAUCGUUACCUUUUCUGAAUAUUAAGAGGACUUGCUAUUAAGUAUUAACCUUUGUAAGUUUGUUCUUGAUUACAAGCAGUUUAAUUAAUGGGGUAUCUUGAACGUUC